UAUAAUUUGAGAGGAAAACGGACCUAAAAUUACCAAAUACAUACAGACAGCUAAAGGGACCCUCUGCCUUCAUCACCUCUGUAAUUCAUGGAUGCUUGAAAAGCUUCCCUUUUUUCUUUUGCUCAAAAGUACCCAUCUCUCUCUCUAUCUACGGAAUGCAAAUAAUGAAAGACCACACUUUCUCUUCUCUAAUUCGUCUCAACAUCGGUCUCUCUCUCCGUCUCUAAUUUAUUUACGAAUUUGUCUAUGUAGUAAAAUGUCUGCGGAUAAUCAUUUUUAGAUCCUAAAAUAAAUCAAACUGUGAAGACCCAGAUGAAAUUUCACCGUUUUUCCCACUCUAUUUAAAAGAGAGGGAAGAAAUUUUGCACCACAAUUGAUACAUUAACGCGGGGUGAGCCUGAUUCCAUGCUUGCUGCUAUGUUCAGAGGAAGACUCAUGGUGUCUGAGGAUCCUGAUAAGGGAUACGUUUUCAUUGAUAGGGACGGGAAACACUUCCGGCAUAUUUUGAAUUGGUUGAGGGAUGGUGUGGUUCCCACACUAACUGAUGCUGGAUAUUCAGAGCUUAUGCGAGAGGCAGAAUACUAUCAGCUUCUUGGGCUCUUGGAGGGAAUCAAUUCUGUUCUGAAUAAGAGGAAGGAAGGUAAUGAGUUGGAUGCUGAAUUGACACGGGCAGAUAUCAUCAAAUGUAUACAGUAUAAGAAAGUGAAAUUUCGAGGAAUUAAUUUUUCUGGCCUUGAUCUCUCCAAACUGGACCUCUCAUAUGUUGACUUUAGCUAUGCAUCUCUUCAAAAUGUGCUCUUCUCACAUGCAAACCUACUUUGUGCAAAAUUCCGGGAUGUGGAUGCCGAGGGUUCCAUAUUCCACAAUGCAACUUUGCGGGAGUGUGAAUUUACUGGUGCAAAUCUCCGAGGAGCUUCUUUAGCAGGUGCCAACCUUCAGAGUGCAACCCUACAAGAUGCUUGUUUGGUUGAUUGCAAUUUCUGCGGAGCAAAUCUGCGUUCUGCACACUUACAGACUGCUGAUCUCACUAAUGCCAACUUUGAAGGAGCUAAUCUAGAAGGAGCCAAUCUGAAGGGUGCAAAAUUGAAUAAUGCCAAUCUAAAGGGUGCAAAUCUUCAACGGGCUUAUCUACGACGUGUCAAUCUUCAAAAUGCACAUUUGGAAGAUGCAAAGCUUGAUGGUGCCAAUUUGCUUGGAGCAAUUCGAUAAAACUGGCGGGAGACUGUGUCCAGAAUACAUGUAUAUAUUCUCAUUUGUGAGUAACCUGUUUCAUUUCUAUCCCAUUUUCUACAGAUUGGAUGUCUGUGAUAAGUAAUUUAUGUGCAAUUUGUGGAUAGUUUGACAAACUGACUUUGAAAGACAACAUAAAACAUGGCUUAGAUGCGAGGUUUCUCUCUUGGUUGUUAUCUUCCGGGAACCUCUGCUGCCUUCAUGGCCGCUGUUAAUAGAAGUGCACCCCAAGUUAAAAAUCAAAGAUGUGACCGCCUUGGUUGGAUAAUCAACAACAUGUAAGAGCGAAUUAGAGGAAAGAAUUUCUCAGGUGGAUAA